AUGGAGGCGUCGGUGGGCGAGCACUUUCGCGGCAACCGGUGCAUCAACUGCAUGUGCCACUCGAGCGAAAACCUGUACCACUACCGCGAGACCUCGCUCCUCCGCGCGGCAGACGACUUUUACCCGGACGAGCCGGCGGCCCAGCCCGUGCACUUGGCGCACGUGUCGUACAACUCGCUCUUCCUCGGCGAGAUAGGCCACGUCGACUGGGACAUGUUCACGUCGACACACUCCGAUGCGCACAUGCACGCGGCGGCGCGCGCGGUGGGCGGUUGUCCAAUCUACGUCUCGGACCAGCCCGGGGAGCACGACUUCGACUUGCUGCGCACACUCGUCCUGCCCGACGGCACGGCGCUGCUCGCGCGGCACGCGGGCAGGCCGACGCGAGACGUCCUCUUCAGCGACGUCAACGCGGACGGCGUAUCGGCGCUCAAGAUUUGGAACGAGAACGCGUGCACGGGCGUGGUCGGCGCGUUCAACGAGGGGGAGGACGGGGCGAGGGGUGGCGGGGGCUCCUCCCCGGCCGCGCCUCCUCCCGCCGAGUACGCGCUGUACACGCACCGCGCAGAGGGGCUGCGCGUGCUCGGGGCAGAGGACGCGGUCGAGGUGCGGCUGGCGGCGAGGGAGUGGGAGAUCGUAGUCGUCGCCCCCGUCCGCGCGGAGGGGGAGGUGCGGUGGGCGCCGCUCGGCCUGCUCGACAUGCUCAACGGCGGGGGCGCGGUCCUCUCCUCCUCCCUCGCCCUCUCCUCCCCUCCAGGAGAGGCGGCUGCCACCGCAGUGGUGCGGGCGGCUGGCCGGAUCGGCGCCUUUGCGCGGCCGGCGCCGCUCGAGGUGUGCGUGGACGGCUCGCCCGUCCGCUUCGAGUACGACGAGGGGAGCGGCUUGCUGACCGUGAACGUCGCCGCGGACGGCGCCGAGGUCGAGCCGCUCGAGCUCCGCGCGCGCUGGGGGCCUCCGGCGGAAGAGGAGGAGGAGGAGCAACAGUCGUGA